AUGGCUCCAGCUCUUGUCGAACAGGUCACUGAACAUGCCACUGUCGGUUACAAGUCCGGUAUUGGACAAUACAAGGAAUUAGGUUAUGGUGCCCCAAAAGCCUUUUCCAAAGACCUUGAGCUACGCGGCACCGAGAAACAUGCCGGGUCCAAAUAUCCCCAUUACCUACCUACCUGGGACAAUGAGAAAGGGCAAAAAUAUCCCCCCUGGGAGCCCUUCACACAUACCGAGCACGGCAAAGAUGCCAACCCAUCCUUCCCCAACCUCCUCAAAGAUGCGAAAGUCGCCGACCUAACCGCCAACAUCGGCGCCGAAGUCCACGGCAUCCAACUAAGCAAACUGAAUGACGCCGGAAAAGACGAACUAGCCCUCUUUGUCGCCCACAAGAAAGUUGUAGCCUUCCGCGAGCAAGACUUCGCAGAUAUCCCCAUCAAAGACGCGCUUGCCUUCGGCGGCUACUUUGGCCGCCAUCACAUCCACCCUACCUCUGGAGCCCCAGAGGGCUAUCCAGAAAUCCACCUCGUGCAUCGCGGUACAGACGACACGUCUGCGCGGGACUUCUUCGAAGAGCGGACGAAUUCCAUAACCUGGCACUCAGACGUGACGUACGAGAAGCAGCCGCCCGGCACAACAUUUUUGUAUAUCCUUGAUGGACCUGCAGUAGGUGGAGACACUUUGUUUGCGAACCAGGUCGCGGCGUACAAUAGGCUUUCCCCUGAGUUCAGAAAGCGACUGCAUGGCCUGAAAGUCGUGCAUUCCGCUGUCGAACAAGCAGAUGGCAGCAGGAACCACGGCGGUAUCGUCCGUCGCGAUCCAGUGACCUCAAUCCACCCCCUCGUGCGCACACAUCCUGCCACAGGCGAGAAGGCGCUCUACGCGAAUCCGCAAUUUAGCCGGCGCAUCGUGGGCUACAAGAAAGAGGAGAGCGAUUUCCUGCUCAACUUCUUGUACGAUCACAUUGCAAAAGGCCAGGACUUUCAAGUGCGCAUAAAGUGGGCGCCAGGUACGGUUGUGGUCUGGGAUAAUCGUGUUACUGCACACUCUGCGCUGCUGGACUGGGAUGACGGCGCACGAAGGCAUCUGGCGCGAAUCACACCGCAGGCUGAGCCUCCGUACGAGACGGAUUUCGAGGACAACAAGGCAGCAGGUAGCUUUGAGUAUUAG